GUAAUGUUGGUGUUAAUGAACUCGCAAAAAGAAUUGAGAAGGCGAAGUCUGAAACGGCUUGUAUUGAUUUACUUCCGGACUUUGUGACUGCCAACAGUAGUGGUACCAUCGACGAGUAUUUUGGUGUUGAUAGAUUCGACUAUACUAAGAAGGAAAAGCCCGCUGCUGCUAUAAAUGCUGCAAACUCUCGUCCAGAGAAGAACAGCAAGGGAUGA